CAACUUAAAUGCAUAUACAUCACAUUUAGUUCUCUAAAUCUAUUCUAACAACUGCAUAACUAAUUUAAUUUUUUUAAUCAUCGCAAGAAUUGCUCUUUCUACCAUUUACGUUUCAAUAUUUAAACUGUUCGAGUCAAAGCGGAAGUACGUUUCAUUGGUCUUGCUGACUUGCCGUAUCUGGAAGUUAGCACUCGUAGCACAAGCUUUUACGCCAAUUGAGACUCUUACACAGAGAGUCUUAUCCAUUAGCAUUUAUAGGUGUGGAACCUUCGUCCUUCGCGAAUAGGAAUACACAAUGUCAAGGCAGUCGAAUCGAACAACCGACAGUAAGAAAGUGAAUUCGGAACUGUUCACGCUGACAUAUGGAGCCCUGGUCACCCAGCUGUGUAAAGACUAUGAGAAUGAUGAAGAAGUAAAUAAACAGCUAGAUAAAAUGGGUUACAACAUAGGAGUGCGGCUGAUUGAAGACUUCCUGGCUCGCUCCAACAUUGGCAGGUGUCAGGAUUUCCGAGAAACAGCUGAUGUAAUUGCAAAGAAUGCAUUUAAAAUGUACCUGGGAGUCACUCCCAGUGUGACCAACUGGAGUCCAGCCGGAGACGAGUUCUCCCUCAUCCUGGAGAACAAUCCACUGGUCGACUUUGUGGAGCUCCCUGACAACCAUAACACGCUCAUCUACUCCAAUUUACUGUGUGGUGUCCUCAGAGGAGCUCUGGAAAUGGUCCAGAUGGCGGUGGACGUGAGGUUCGUCCAGGACACUCUUCGCGGCGACAAUGUGACAGAGAUUCGAAUGAAGUUCAUCAAGCGGAUUGAAGAAAACCUUCCGGCUGGGGACGAGUGAUGUCAAAGAGCCUCUUCUUCUCAUUCCAUGUACAUCAGAACACUGAACUCAAACAUUAAGCACAUGUGCUUAUUGUGAAUCAUAGUUUCCAUUUUUUCCCAGACCUGAAAGACUGUUGAAUAGGUUUCAUUUCUAUGGCCCGAACUACGUACCAAUACAGCUCUGUGUGUUCCACUCAUAACUGCAUAUGUGGACUGAAGGAAACUAAACCAAACUUCAUCAACACAAGUUUUUGCAAUGAAAAACAACCUUUAAAUCAAGUAUCUACAAGCCACGUACACAGGAUUCAAAUCAUGAAGUUUGAAAGCUUGCAGUCCUUCUGCAUCUGUUUUUUAUGUUCCUUAUUAUGUGCUAGUUAAAUUAACACACAGUCAAAUAAAUGUUUAUGAUUUGA